UGCAGGAAGCUCAAAUCAGAAAUUGUGCCCCAGCUGCUCUAACAAAGCUACGCAACAAGCUUAGGGGCUUGGAGCAGGUACAUAGCAACUGUUCAACAAAUCUGAAAGCAAAAGAAUCUGAAUUGAGCCUCCAAAUAGAGAAGAUGAAAGGAGAUGUAAAUAGGCACAACUCUGAAUUGAAGGGUAGAGAGAAGCAAAUACAGGAGCUUCAGAUGGAGCUAGAAAGCUGCCAUUCAGUGAUUGACGUUUCAAAUGAAGAGAUUCCAGUAGUACUUGCGAUCUUUAAAUCAGAACUCUCAGAGGCUUACUCCAACAAAUCUGAUGCAAAAACUGAAAUAGAGCUGUGUGACAGAAUGGAUGACAAGAUCUCUCUACUUCAAACACAGUUGGAGAUGAAGAACAGUGAUUUACAAAAUGCUCAUCUUAAGCUAGAACAAGAACAUGAGAAAGCAGAAAUAUUAAUGAAGAGGAUAAGGUCCUUGGAACUAGCUGAACAGCAUCAGGUUAUCAUGGAGGAAGAGAUUCAACAACAUAAAAAGAUGCUUGAGGAAUCAUCUGUGCAUCAACUUUACAUGAAAGAACAAUUUGUGCAGAUGGAAGCGGAGAAACGAGAAUUUUCUUUGGCUUUAGAAAAGGCAAACCUUGAAUUGGCUGAGAAAAUUCGUGAAGCAAAUCAGUUAGAAUUCGAAUUACAGAAUUGGAAGUCUAGUGCCGAAAGCUUGAAACUGUGCUGUCAAGAAAAUCAAGAAAAAUGUAGACAAAUGGAGAAUUCACUUCUUGCACAAGCUGAGAAUGAAGAAACCCUUAAGCAUGAGAAAGACAUGCUUAUCACCAUUACCAAAGAGAAAAUUAAUAGAACUGAAGUUCUGGAGCGGAAGAUUGUCCUUCUAGAAGCUACAGUUGCAUCAAAGAACGAGGAAGUGGAAUUUUUCACACAAAACACUGAGUACCUUAUAAGCAAUGCCAAGGAGAAGGAUAGCUGCAUAGAAAAUCUCCAAAAUGAUAACACCCGGAUGGAGCAGGAGGCCAUGAGAAGAGAGGUGGAAGCAGCAAUUCUUGCAAGCAUAGACACAGAGAAAUAUGUUGGACUAGAGAAAGACAGGCUUUUCAAGGUUAUGAAUGAGAAAGAUGCGAAUAUAAAAGUUCUCCAAGUAUUGGCGUCGUCAUUAGAGCAAGACUUGACAAGUGCAUUUAUAUCGUCCUUCUCAGAAGUUGUAGAAAAUCUGGUAACAGUUGAAAAGCUUACUGAAGAUUUGAAGAAGGCCAAACAUAUGACAGAGCUAGAGAUUGAAGAGAAGAACAUGAGAAUUGUUGAUUUGGAGAAGGAAGUAUCUGGUUUGCGGAAAAGUUUGACAAAUCAGGAGGAAGCCUUGUUUACUGAAAAGCAACAAGCAGAUGAACUUCAAGCAUUAUUGGAAGUCAACAAAUUGGAAAAUGGUAAACUGAUGGGUGAACAGAGGAGGCUGGAAGGCAUAGUCAAGCAGCUUGAGUUUGAAAAACACGUUCUUUUUCAAGACACCACAAGUGUAUCAAAAGAUAGGGAGGAAGUUUUUGUUCACUUUGAAGAAAUAUGUGAUCGUAUGGGUGACUUCAUUUGUGAGGAUGUGGAGAUGAUGAAUCUUUUGGAUACAAUGUUACAAAGGUGCAAGGAAGAGGUGAAACCAGCAACUAAUUUGAAAGUGGAUAAUGAGCUCUAUGAUUCUACCUAUGAGAAUGCAAACAAUUCUAUUUCGGUGUCAGCAAGAAAACUUGAAGCGUAUAGUACUGGAAGAUCACCACUGAAAGAAGUGAAUCAGCGGCAGUUGUAACUAAUACAAGAGAUACAAGUUUUCACUGAAGAAUUUGACACAAGAGUAGCCAGAAUCGAAGGAAUGUACUCCAAAUGGGAAUGGGCUUGAGACAUCGUCGAGCUAUCGAGCUUGAACCAGUUAGCAAAUGGCAAGGCCAAACAAAUAUUUUGUAGUUUCUGCUGUGUGUUGUUGUAUGAGUUACCACAAACCUCGUUUCUAGUCUUUUAACUUUUCUUUUCUCCUUUCCAAUUAUUCUGUACUCUCCUUUUCCCUUCCACAUUACGAAAUGUGACUUGAAGUUCAGUUCCCAAA